ACACUUCCGGGCCGAAUAUCUACUUCCAGUCCCGAAACAACAUUGGAGAAGAGCAUUUCAUUAAACUUCUGUGCUACUCAGUAGCGGAAUCUUGUUAUCCCGAACAGGGAAGUGGAGGUAUGGCAUUUCUACCUAAAGAAUAGAGCCAGAUGAUUACCUGUAAAUGGUGCUGCUUUAUUAACUGAUCAUGUGAUCCAGAGUGUUUGCCUGAAUGUUGCCUUUUGCAAACAGAGGAUUCUGCCCACAGUAGGCAUCAUCUGCACAUAAUGGAGAGAAAAUAGUUCCAUGUUUAAGCCAGUUUGGAUAAGCAUGGCCUUUCUGGACAACCCUUCAAUUAUCCUGGCUCAUAUACGUCAGUCGCAUGUCACUAGUGAUGACACAGGAAUGUGUGAAUUGGUCCUAAUAGAUCAUGAUGUAGAUUUGGAGAAACAAUAUGUAUCAUCAGCAGUAGCAGAGGACUCUGCAUCUGAAAAUCAUGGUGAAACUAAAACUGGCCAUCAUUUUUUAUAUUCCCAAUCUGUUGAUAUUACCUCAAGCUGGGAUUUUGGUAUCCGAAGACGCUCAAACACCGCUCAAAGACUAGAACGCUUACGAAAAGAAAGGCAGAACCAGAUAAAAUGCAAAAACAUUCAGUGGAAAGACAGGACUCUAACACGUUCAGCAGAAGAUUUUAGUUCACUGUUUGACAAAAAAGAUUUCAGGGCAAAUCGUUUACAUACUGGAAAGCCAUCUAUGUUAACUCUUCGUCUUGAGCAGUGUCCCCUGCAACUAAAUAAUCCUUUUAAUGAGUACUCAAAAUUUGAUGGAAAGGGCCAUAUUGGUACAACAGCGACUAAAAAAAUUGAAGUCUACCUUUCGAUGCAAACAGGCCAAGACAAAAUCUUGCCAAUGACUGUGGUGACUAUGGCAAAUGCAAGAGUGCUUGACUUAAUCGGGUUGAUAUGUUGGCAGUACACAAGUGAAGGACGAGAACCUAAACUAAACGAAAAUGUGGAUGCUUACUGUCUUCAUAUUGCUGAAGAUGAUGGUGAGGUUGAUACAGACUUUCCACCAUUAGAUUCAAAUGAACCAAUUCAUAAGUUUGGAUUCAGCACUCUGGCGCUGGUUGAGAAGUAUGCUUCACCUGGCUUGGCUACAAAGCAGUCACUCUUUGUUCGCAUAAAUGCAGCUCAUGGAUUCUCUCUAAUUCAGGUGGACAACAUGAAUGUUUCCAUGAAAGAUAUCCUUCAGAAGGCUUUGAAAAGAAGGAAAGGAUCACAGAAGGGUACUGGACCCCAGUAUCGCUUGGAGAAACAAAGUGAGCCAAAUGUCCCAGUAGACUUGGAUUGUGUAUUAGAGAGCCAGAACACUUUGGAAUUUUGCCUUGUUCGAGAAAACAGCUCAAGAAGUGAUGAUUUUUCUGAAGAGGAUCCCCCGAUAGACAUUGCUACAGUGCAAGACAUGCUAAGCAGUCAUCAGUAUAAAUCAUUCAAGGUCAGCAUGAUCCACAGACUACGCUUUACCACAGAUGUUCAGUUAGGUAUUUCUGGAGAGAAAGUUGAGAUAGAUCCUGUCACUAGUCAGAAGGCCAGCACCAAGUUUUGGAUUAAACAGAAACCUAUUUCUCUUGAUUCUGACUUACUGUGCACUUGUGACCUUGUGGAAGAAAAAAGUCCAAGUCAUGCAAUAUUUAAACUCACAUAUCUGAGUAAUCACGACUAUAAACAUCUCUACUUUGAAUCAGAUGCUGCUACAAUCAAUGAGAUUGUAUUGAAGGUGAAUUACAUUCUUGAAUCACGAGCAAGCACAGCACGUGCAGACUAUUUUGCUCAGAAACUAAGGAAACUGAGCAGGAGAACAAGCUUCAGCUUCCAGAAGGAGAAGAAAUCAGGGCAACAAUAAUGUUUAGCCUGAAGCAAAAACUGAAUGAUUCCAAGGAGUACUAACAGCAUCUCCACAGAUUGGAACUGUUGGAAGUCAGAAGUACAGCAAUAUGCCAAGAGCUAACAAUGUGAGCAAAUCAGAAGCAAGUUGUCCUUCUGUGAGUUCAUUUGUGCACUCUCUGUGAUGGGAUGUUGGAUGCAUUGACUUAUCUGUAAUAUUAUAUUUGAAUAGCCAUAUCAGAACUAAGGGUGCCUUCUUACCUGAGGAUCCCUUAAGCCUAGGCUUGUGAGCACAGGCUGAUUGGACCCAUUAAAAUAAACAAUCAAGUGAAAAAUGUAUGCCUCACUGCCUGAAAAUACACUUAUUAAGGUAUUGUUUGUGAAAUGGUCAUUAAAGAUGUCAUGUGGGUAAACUGCCUCAAACUGUAUUCUUAACAAAAAAAAAGUGUAGUUUUGGAAGGCUCAUGUGAUCGCUGGUAACUGCAUGAAAGUUGUCCAUUGAUGCAUAUGCUAGAAUGUCAGUUUAUUUUUCUUUAAUUAUUUUGUGAGAAUGGCUCAGAUACAGUAUGUUUUAGCCACGUUGUUACCCAUCUGUUACAUUCCUCCUUUAUGGACUCAUGAAAUAGUUGCAGUUCGUCCAUCUGCAUAUGUUGAAUUACACUCUGAAUCCACUCAUUUGAGUUCAAACCCUAGAAAGUAAAGCUCAUAUUUUGUUUUGCAUAAUGACUGCAAAUAAAAGAUUCUGAGAGGGUGAGAAGGAAGCAAAAAGUUCACUUGGCCACUGCUUCAUUAAAACCUUUAGAAGACCACCAGUGGAGACUUCACAGAAUACAAGGAUCAUUUCAGUCUACAAAGGAGCUGUUACUAUUCUGCUUCUUAAACACAUCACCUCAGGAUACGUAAUCUACCUAGAACUGCUUUCACUGACACUGAAUUGAAUGGAGCUUGUGAAAACAGAACUGUACUGAGGAAGAUAUUUUGGAAGAGAAUUAACACCCAUUCAGUUCAGGUUGUAAUUUUAACUUGGUGUAUUUUAGUCAUUAUUAAUAGUGUUGCUUCAAAAGACAGCAUUCCCAGUUUCAUAUGAAAUAUUUUUGGGAAGCUUCAGUGAAUGCCAAGCCCCAUGGAGACCUGCAACAGAUUUGACCGUCCUUUCAUUAAACUAUUGUAACUUAAAGUACAGUUUUGCUUUUAGGUGGUUAUUAAAGAAGCUUUUGUAUGUUUCUUUUUGAACCUAAUCUUCCACCUUUGUAUUUAAGAAUACAUUCAUUCUUUUUCCUUGACAGGAUACACAUUUUUUUAUGAACAGUAAAGCCUUUUUACUGUCACCUGUGAAUGACCUGAAUUGUACCUGCGGAUGAGCUAC